GGCUCUUUGAGCCUCCUCAUAGGACCUGAGCCAGUUCUGAGAGCCCCAGGAUUGACUGUGAGAAGACAGCCAUGGACGUGCAGAUGCUGAAGAAGAGGAUAAGCAGGACAUGCGACGAGGCAGCCCGCACCAUCCUCAACAGCCUCCUGCUUUAUGUCUUGGACCGUGCGGAUGGGCCUCACAAGGCAGAAGACAGGACACACAGAGCCAGCCGCCCUUCCCAACUCCAGGAGGUGGGCCGGAGACCCACACGGUUCCAGCUUCUACAGGCUAAGUUCAUGGGCACUGGCCGGGAGCCCCACCUCAAGAAGACCCGGGAUGUGGGCCGGCUGAUCUCUAAAGACAAGCAAGGACCGGGUAGGAGUUUUGUAAAUGCCACCAUUAACAAGCUCCUGGAAAAGACCAAGGAAGGGGGCAGAAGCUCCAGCCAGAGGACCCCAACCAGUGAGAAGCCCCGGUGGAGUCCCUCGGGCGGGAAGAGCACUGUGAAAAACAUCCUGAAGAAAUUCCUGGCUGCAGAAGAGAAGGAGGCCAAGGAGAAAGAAGUGCGUGAGAAGCCCCCUGCCCAGCGGCCUGGAGCUGCCAGGGGCCUCCUGCCAAGAAUCGUGGGCCGGAGCUCCAUCCUCUCCAAGCUCAGGGAAAGAUUCGAACAAAACAGCUGCCUGUACUCUGAGGCUGGUGUGCUGCCUCUGCACAGGGAAGGACUGAAGAGCAAGAACCUACAGAAGAGGAAAGUGCACAGGCCACAAGUGCGGGUGCUCCACGUAGCCACCAUGGCUACCAGCUGCACUAGAAUCCCCCCUGCCCAGUUUCUGGCCUGCACAGCUGAGCCCAUGCCGGCCCUCAGCAUUGCCACCAUCGUCUGUGGGCCCCAGAGCUGGUUGUCCCACUGUGCAAAACUUAGUCACUCAGAGUGCAGACGCUGGCCCACUGGGGGAGCCAACACAUUCUCCAACUCAGAAAACCAGGAGCCUGUUGCAAACAGAACACAAGGUCUCGUGAGUGAGGAGCACAAGGAACAUUUCAUGUCCUCGGUGCCCCAAGCAGUGGCCGGCAUGGACAGUCACGUGGCUCUGAACGUGGGUUUCUCUGGCACGUCUACCAAUGGCCAUGCUCUGCCUGGCCGUGUACUAGUGUUGUCUUCAUGUGGAUUGGGCAGCCCCAGAAGUACUGAACCAGUGGGAAGGCACAGAACAGCGGAUCCCAGGACACAAGAGGUGGCAGCUGACACCCAGGGAGUGACGGAUAAUUUAAGAGGGGCCCCUGAAAUCGCCAUGACUGUGAGCAGCUCUGAGGAUGAAGCCGAAAGAACACCCUCAGGCUUGGAAAGAGAGCCCUUCUUUGCCAUCCAGAGGUACCUGCCAGAGCAGGAGGCCGUGACUCAGAUGCCCCUCCGAGCCCCACUAGCUGUCCAGGCCGAACGGCGAGCACAGCCGGCCAUCACACCCCCACAAGUCACAGUGCAGCUUCCCAUUGUUCACGAGAUGCCGGCCUCUCCUGGUCGCAAAGACAAAUGUUCUCCAGUUGUGAGAAGAGAGGUCGUGGCUGAGAAUGAACAAGCAGCAGCAUCCACUGUGACUGAGGACAAGAGGGGUCCCCAAGCCCCAACAAUGCAGAGUCAACCCUGUGGGGUGCCCGUGAGUCUCCAUCCUGCAGCUCAGCAUGGACUCCAGGAAGACCUGAGAGAUGGCGCCGGCAUGGGCAGCGAUGCCUCACAAAGGUUCCUAAUACCAAGUCCUUCCAAGGCGUUUCUUGGUGGAAGAGAGGAAAAACAGAGCCCUGAGAAGUCCCAUGACCUUAGGAAUUGCAGUGGUAACAGCCCCUCGACAAACCUCACUGCCGGGAGAAGCUGUGCAGGAGUGGGCACCAGCUUGGCCACUGGCCUCCAGGGAGGGCACAUGGUGCUGAUGCCAAGCCAGGACUGCCUAAGGCCUGACAGUUCUACAGCCCCAGGCAAGAACAUCCAGCCUGGACAGGAGGAAUGCCAAGGGCCCCUGAAUGAGUCAGCUCAACCACCAAGCAUCGCCCAGGCAAACAGCAGCCAUGAUUUGGGCAGCAACAGCCAGUCCACAGUAAACGAUCAGUCUAUUGCAAGUGUCAAAGCCUCUGGGCAGGUGAUAGGCACUGUCACUGAUCUCACAAGACCACAGCCAAGUGGUACUCAGCACCCUGAACUCAAGAUGACAGCAUGGCCAACUGGUACUCGGGACACUAAACUCAAGGUGAUUGCACAUCCAGGUGAUUCCGAGGAGGUUGAAUACAAGACAGUGCCACAGACAAGUGCCCAAGACAUUAGACACAAGCAAAUGUCAUGGGCAAGUGGUACCCAGAACAAUGCACACAGGAUCACACUACAGCCACAUGUUCCCCAGGAUGUGGAACCCAACACAGUGCCGUGCCUUGGUGGCUCCCAGGAGCCUAAACACGAGAUAACACUGUGGCCAAGCAGUGCCCAGAAUAUUGACCACAAGACAACACAGCAAGAUAGGACCCAAGACACUAAACUGACAGCACUGCAGCCAGGUGGUGCCCAGGACCCUGAACACAAGACAGUGUCACAGGCAAGUGACGCCCAAGGUGCUGAACACAAAACAACCACAUGGGCAGGUAGUGCCCAAAACACUAGACAGAAGGCAUCAUCAAAGCCAGGUGGUGUGCAGGACACCAAAUACAAGACAGUGCCUCAAGCGGGUGGUACCCCAGACACUGAACACAAGGUGAUUGCACAGGCUGGCGAUGCCCAGGAUGGAGGAGAAAGCCCUCAGGAGAAGACAACACCCCAGUCAGGAAGCGUCCCGGACUAUGAAGACAAGAUAACACAAGGACCCCACAGCCAUCAUUCUUUGGUAUCAAGCAGGACCUCAAAGCAUGAGAGUAGAGCCGCUGAAAGACGCAUAACUGCCGAAGACCUGUUGUGGAGCCGUCCCCUCAUGUCGGCAGCCCCAGCUGUUCAGACACGGGAAGCUGCGGAUUCUUGCCUGAUGCCUACUAAGUCUCCACCACGUGUUUCAAGUGAGCCACGGAACGAAAUUAAAGCGGCGGGAAGAGACCCUCUAUGCAGAAGCGCAGCAUCUCCAGAGCCACAAACGAAGCCAGCAGAGGAUCUGGACCACUCACCGCUGCCCUCUGUGGGUCCACAGGCGCUGGACAAAGAACACCACCUCCCUAGGGCAGCAGACUCCCCUAUAAGGCCGGCCGCAAAGGGAGAGACCAGGCAGGUGGGGCUAGCACCCGGUCCAGAGCCUCCUGUUCCCAACCAGAAGGAGCAUGGGUCUGCCCCCCAGGCAAAAACCUCGGGAGGUGAAGCCAAAGAGAUUCUGCCAACACAGGCGGGCAUGGGCAGGCCACAGAGACAGCUCGGAUCAGAGGAAACUGGUACAGGCCACGUACGGUUACACCAGACUGGACAGUCAGAUGUGCUGGGUGUGGUAGACCCUCAGGCAUGGGCUUCUCAGGACCUGAUAGCGCAUGAAAAGACACCGGUGGAGGAGAACCCCUGUCAGCACAGGGACAGGGCUCGGGAGCAUCCCUCAAGACCACCAAAGAGGCUGGAGAAGAGCCCAACUCAAGGAGACAGUGUCCAGGCUGACAAGAAUCUGGCUACCCCAGGGAACCUUACAAAAGUGUAUGGCCCUGCUAUGCAGAAGCAGACCCAGUGUCAGGGACAGGCCAGCCACCCAGUACCUCGGGCCUGGGGACAAGCUGACAGCACUGCUGAAGGAGUCCUGACUCCUGGCACAAGUGGGGAGCCUCCCAGACUGGGCCCCACAUUUGGCAGUCAACAAGGCCUGGUUGCCCAGCACCUGCCCCAAGAAAGCCAGACUCUGGCUAGUAGCGGGACCAUAGUCAGCUCCCUGGAGAACACACAUGAUGCUUCCUGGCUCACAUCUAAUGCUGGGGGCCACCCAUUCUUCCAAUCCCUUGCCCAGGAUGGGCCCCCAAGUACCCCCAGGGCAGAAAAGGGCCUAUCAGACCAUAAGCAUACCAAGUCGGUGCACUUUGCAAAGUAUCGUGCCCAAAGCUUUCGGGACCAGAAGGCCUUCGACCUGUCCUUCAGGCCCACAGUCCUCAGGGCCAGUGAUACCUUUGAGCCUCCGAAGUGA